CCCAUCUUGAGAUCAUUACAAAUGCGUCCCUUCUGUUGGUAGUAUUAGAGGAAGUAAAGCUUUUACACAAAGAAAAUAAGGAAAUUUUGGGUAGAGUGUGUAUAUUUCGAUAUAACGAGAUUAUUAGUUUGAUAGAAAGUAUCGAAUAGUCUAUGUAUAAGACGUAACAUUUCGUUGAAUGUCAUUUUGUCUUGCGGGAAUAUUCCUACUUCAUUAUCGUAAAGGCUGCAGUAAUAAUGGCAAGUACUACGACCACUGAUAUGGAUCCUGAAAAAUCCAUUGAAGAAUUGGCAAAUAAGAAGAAUCAAGCUGCUAAGGAACUUCAUUUUCUAAACAAAUAUGAUAAAGCAUUGAUACUUUAUAGCGAACUUAUUGAACUGUGGCCAGAUAAUGCAUUAUAUUAUGCAAACAGAGCAGCAUGUUAUAUAAUGCUUGGAAAAUAUCGUGAUGCUUUAGUAAAUGCAAGGAAAAGCAUGCAGUUGGAUCCUAAAUCGUUUAAAGCAUAUGUGAGGGUCAUAAAAUGUUGUUUAAUUUUGGGGGAAAUUAUGGAGGCUGAAACUACAUUAUCAAAGUUAAUAGAACUCGAUCCUGAAAAUGAAGCAAUAUCUGGAGCAAAAUGGUCUUUGAAAAUUGUACAGCAAUUUAUAAAAGAUGCAGAAGCUGCAUAUGCUGCUAAGGAUUAUCGUAAGGUUGUGUAUUGUAUGGAUCGUUGUUGCGACAUAAGCACUUCGUGUACAAGAUUCAAGUUGACUAAAGCAGAGUGCUUAGCAUUUUUGGGAAGAUAUCAAGAUGCACAAAAUAUUGUAAAUGAUAUUUUACAUUUUGAUAAGCAAAAUGUGGAUGCUAUGUGUAUUCGAGCAGUAUGUUUGUAUUUCCAAGAUAAUAUAGACAAAGCAUUUGCAUAUUUUCAACAAAUACUCAGAUUAGCACCAGAUCAUGCAAAGACAUUAGAGAUAUAUAAGAAAGCUAAAAGCCUGAAGAAGAAAAAAGAAGAAGGAAAUGCAGCUUAUAAAAAGGAACAGUAUCAGGAAGCAUACAAAUUAUAUAGCGAAGCUUUGGCCAUAGAUCCUCAAAACAUAGUAACAAAUGCAAAACUUCAUUUUAAUAAAGCAAUAGUUGCAGCAAAGUUAGGCCGGCUAAAUGAAUCAGUAAUAGAAUGUACAGAAGCAUUAAAAUUAGAUGAAAAUUAUUUGAAAGCUCUUUUAAGAAGAGCGGCUUCGUAUAUGGAGCUCGAAGAUUAUGAAAAAGCUGUUUAUGAUCUUGAAAAAGCAUGCAAAAUAGAUAAAAGUCGCGAUAACAGACGGUUAUUAAUGGAAGCAAAAGUAGCACUGAAGAAAUCAAAGAGGAAAGAUUAUUAUAAGAUUUUAGGUAUCGAUAAGAAUGCAUCAACCGAUGAUAUCAAAAAAGCGUAUAGAAAACGAGCAAUGGUUCAUCAUCCUGAUCGACACCCCAAUGCAACUGAAGGGGAAAAGAGAGAACAAGAAAAGAAAUUUAAAGAAGUAGGCGAAGCAUAUGGGAUUCUAUCUGAUCCUAAGAAACGGUCACGUUACGAUAGUGGACACGACAUAUAUGACAUCGAAGACGGUGAUGGAGGAUUUCAAGAUAUCGAUCCAACUGCAGCGUUCCAAACGUUCUUCAACCAGAGCGAUAGCUAUCAGUUCCAUGCAUCCGAUUUUCCUGAUGGCUUUUCUUUCCAGUUUAGUUAACAGCAUUCCAACGUACAAGUUCCCAUACCACUUUAACGUCUUAAACCAUCAGAAUUUUAUUCUACUCUAUAGAUCAAUGUACUGGGUUUGUGUAUCUUCCAUUCAUAGUACAUCCCGUGUCAGCAUGUAGUAUAAAUAAUGUAAAAUCUAUUAUUAUAUAUAGUUUUAUAUAUUUAUUUAAAUAAUUGUAAAUAUGACAUAUGACAUCUUGAUAGACCUACGAUACAGACAGUAAGCACGACUGAACCUUAACGCUCGUAUAAAUGUUUUAAGUGAAAGAAAUGUUUUUGACGAAGUACAGUUACAUUGACGUAGGUACUUAUUACAUUUAAGUUAUUUUAUCUUAUUUUUACAUAAUUAAACCAUUACAUAACACGAGCCAUUAGAGAAUCGAGUUGAACUACAUAAUAUCUGCAACGAAUUCUCUGAAACUCUGCUUUGAUUCAUAUACGUGUUACGCGAUUUCUCUAUUACCAUUGGAAACCCUGUAGAAAUAUUAAUGUGUUGAAUAUUGUUAUAUUGAGCAAUAAUAAAUUCUGAAACAGCUACGGAAUUUAUCUUUCAGUCAUAGUUGGUAGUUAUUAAAAUGAAUGUAAAUUGAACUAUACUGUUUGAAAUAAUCAGAAUUUGUUAAUUCAGUAAUCCACUGUACGUUAGAUUGUACUACAAAUGUAAUAUCCAGCUAAAUGUAAUAAAUAUCGGUCAAUAAAGAUUCUGAAAGAUCCUAAAACUAAA